AUGUCUGCUGCUGAUACUACUAUAGUAACUGAUGGUAAAAGCCCGCAAGCAGACACUACUUUAGAAAACAGAAAAAAUGGGGCAGCUUUUAAAAGUAGAAGGAGGAAUAAAGAAAAACAGAAGCCAAAACAGGAUCCAAUGAAAACAAGUGCGACCAUAAAUCAUCCUGACCAGAUCGGUGAAAAGGUUAUAAAAGCAAAGAAGAAGAAACCGAAAAAGGCACAGAACAAAAACAACAAUAAACCAAAUGACUCAAAAGAACUUUCGGUAACCACCAGCGAUAACAUAUCAGCGUUGGAUCCAAACGAGGCAAAGAGGCUUAAAAAGAAGCGCAAGAGACAGCAGCAGAAAGAAAAGAGAAAGCAGUUACAGCAGGCACAAAAAUUGAGAGGAGAAAAGCCUAGAGUGCCGGUUAACAAAAUUACAGUAAGGAACCUUCCGCCGAACUUAUCAAAAGCUUCAUUCAUCAACAAAGUUUUUCAGAAAAAUCCUGAGUUAGAGCAAUAUGUCGCAGAGUAUUAUUAUGUCGACGGAUUUUAUCCAAAGAACAAAUUUGAAUCUAGUGUUCCUAGCCGUUGUUACAUCAAUUGUACUGAUGAGUCCACCAUGAUGCUGGUAGGGCGAGCUGUCAAGGCUAUGACCUUCACAGAUGAUACUCCAAGCAAGCCAAAGACAGAUAACAGUAAUAAUGAUGAAAAUCUAAACAAGGCUGAAGUUAUGGAAGAUUUAGAGACCUAUAUUCCCAGUGUAGAAAAAUCAUUUUAUCAGGUCAUGCCCGAAUUCAAAUCGGUAGGGGAACCGGUCAUAGACAAGUGGGACUUUAUGAAUGGCAAACUUAAUGACGAUUUUGCAUUCAAGAAGUUCUGCGAGGCUAUUGAUUCAGAGGGUAAAGUGCCACUUCCAGAUAAUAUAUUCAGCAAGGGAAACAAAAACAAGAAAAAGGAAAAGAUUACUGCAGAUUCCCAAAAAAAUAAGGGGAAAAAAAUUUUAAAGGCUAAGAUUGAUAAGUUGGAAACAAAACAAGAGGGUGUGAAUAAAAAGAAGGCCAAGAAGAGGAAUAAGAAGAAAGUCAAGGCGAAGAAAGAUGAAUCCGGUAAACAAGAAAUAACUGGCAAGAUUGACCCUGAAAAGAAAACCAAAGAAGUAAGCAAAAAAAGUAAAAAGUUCAAGAAAAAAACUAAUCAGAAACCUAAAUCUGAAAGUGUCAAAAACUUGGGUGUAGAAAAUACAGCCAAGUAA